GCUCUCUAUACCUGACAAGUCAUGGCUGUUUCGAUUCACGGAGACAGCCCCCGCCUCCUCCCAUCGACUUGGCCUACAGAGGCAGAAAUGGAGUUUGUUGCGGAUCGAUUUCAGGUUGAUUGUGUACAAGGGCUGGAUUUAGCCGUGAAGGGCUUGUAUAUAUAUACACACACACCUUCAGAGAUGCAGAGAACAACCACUCACCUCUUCACCAUUAUCUCCUUGCAUCGAGACCAAGUUACAACAUUGCAUGAUGCUUUGCCUCUCACUUCUGCUCACCUGCGUGCUGUGCGCACUGUCAUGCAGGGCCGGUGUUUCAGGGAACCGGGACUCGGCAGUCUACCCUCGAGCCGGCUCUCUACAGCAGGUCACCAGCUUCGGUAGCAACCCUACCAACGUGGGCAUGUACAUCUACGUGCCGACGAAUCUGGCCACCAAGCCCGGCAUUAUCGUUGCCAUUCAUUACUGCACCGGCACGGCAUCCGCGUACUACAGCGGCUCGCCCUACGCGACGCUGGCCGAGCAAUACGGCUUCAUCGUCAUCUACCCGCAGAGCCCGUACUCGGGCACCUGCUGGGACGUCAGCUCGCCGGCGACGCUCACCCACAACGGCGGGGGCAACAGCAACUCCAUCGCCAACAUGGUCACCUGGACGAUCGCGACGUACAACGCGGACACCAGCAAGGUGUUUGUGACGGGGACGAGUUCCGGCGCCAUGAUGACG